AUGAGUUCAGGCAUCACGUUCGGUCCGGCAGACCAACAAUGGCAUUACUCUCCAUCAACAAGGACUUACGACCUGUCUGGAGGGGUUGGGAAGAGGUUGACAAUCGCAACAACUGAGGGCCCAAAGGAGACAUUAAUCACAAUUGCGCCCGAAGCAACGGCCCUCGUGAUAGUUGACAUGCAGAAUUUUUUCCUCGAUUCGGAGUCAAUGGAUCAUCCCCACGGCUUGAGUGCUGUGGAACCUACAAUCAAGGUCAUUGAGAAAUGCAGAGAGGAAGGGAUACAGAUAAUUUGGCUCAAUUGGGGUUUAACAGAUGAAGACAUGACCACCCUCCCGGCAGCAGUUGCACGGGGCUUUAUGAGUGAUACUCUGCAAGCUACCACGAAUGCUCGAAGGCCAUGGAUUGGCCUUGGGACCGACCUAGGAGAAGGCAAAGGACGUUGUCUCUUUGCCGGCACAUGGAAUGCAGACAUCUACCCUCCUCUCAAAGUACACGCCCACCCCUCCGACGUCCGCUGUGCCAAAAAUCGCAUGUCCGGGCUCUGGUCUCCAGAACAACCACUCUGGAAGACACUAAAAGCCGAGGAGAAGAAUACAAUACUGUUUACAGGCGUUAAUACGGACCAGUGUGUCCUUGGCACAUUCGUGGACGGAUAUAAUGCCGGGUUUAACUGUGUGAUGGUGGACGACUGCUGCGGCACGACUACAGAGGGCGGAAAAGAGAUCACAUUUUAUAACGUUGCUACUUCGUAUGGGUUUAUCACUAAUAGUGCGAGUCUACUCGCCGCUAAAGUGGGGUAA